UGCGCUAACGAAGUAUAAAAAAUGCGCAUGUUGCGAAUGGUAGUUACAAAAAAAUCGUCCUUUUCAGAGAUAUUCUCUCUACGAAGCCGAAAGUCUUGUUGAGAGGUGGGUCGGAUGAUUCGAAGGAAGAAAAUGACUUAUUCGAAAUUCUCGCAUGCUCAAAUCCCGAAAUUAUCAAUGUAGGAGUGAAGGAGGAGAUGGAUGAAUCCUACGCUGACAACGAAGAGCACACUUUUAGCUUCAACUUUGACCCCUCAACAAGUCAGUGUAAGUUUUUUUUUGUUGUACUCAUCGUUGCUAAACCAUCCCUACUUGUUCUUGGAAGUUGCCAACAAGUGUCUCCUCUUCCAGCUCACCUCGAUCUCCUUGCUCAAGCGCAUUGCUUGGUUAGUAGUCCUCCACGGGAAACCUCCCCACCAUCAGCUAAACGAUCUCGAGCCACUAACGGUGAUCCGAACAAAGACUAUCACACUUGUCAGAUCUGCGGCACAAGGGUUAAAGCGCCACGUGGUGGACGAUGGAAUUUGCAAAUGCAUGUGAUGGCAAUGCAUUCUUCUUUUCGACCAUAUAAAUGCCGUUCUUGUGAUUUUCAAGAUUAUCGGUGA